UUGGCUAUGCCUAUAGUGACACGUAGCUGAGCCUUUAUAGAGCUCCGUUCUCAUGACACGUAUAUUAUAGCGGCUCGGAAGCGUAUUUACAGCAGCAAAGUCUCUUCAUAACUUGAGCAAUACGGCUCUUCCAUGGCUGUGAAUGCUGCUUUAGUUGGCAUCUCGUGGAGGACCCCGCACAGGCAUCCUAGACAGGUUUCGUGACACAGUUUCUAGUAACGCUGGCAUGUCAAAGACAAAUCUGUGGUGGCACAAUGCUCUCCAAGCAUUGUCCCACCAUAAAGCCCUCCUCUUCUUCAAUGCCACUCAAGCAUAGCCCCCCUAUGGACCUUGAGAAGCUGGCACUAGAGCACAUUGUACCCCACUUGCUCUCCUUUGGUUACUGUUAUCUGGAUCACAUCUUGGGAGAAGAAUUGGGGGAUCAAGUGCUGGAGCAGGUCAGACGUUUGCACAAGGACGGGGCCCUGAAGGAUGGCCAGCUGGCGGGGCAUCUUGGAGGAGUCUCCAAAAGGCACCUGCGAGGGGACAACAUUGCAUGGAUUGCUGGCACGGAGGAGGGAUGUGAGGCCAUUGGACUGGUUCUCUCAGUAAUUGAUCGCCUAGUGGUGUUGUGUGGGAACCAUUUGGGCCAGUUCUAUGUGAAGGAGAGGUCCAAGGCAAUGGUCGCUUGUUACCCUGGUAAUGGAGCUGGUUAUGUGAGGCAUGUAGAUAACCCGACAGGAGAUGGGCGCCUCAUUACAUGCAUUUAUUAUUUGAAUAAGAACUGGGAUGCAAAUGUCCAUGGUGGAGUACUGCGCAUCUUUCCUGAUGGUAGCUCACAUGUAGCCGAUGUUGAGCCUCUUUUCGACCGGUUACUUUUUUUCUGGUCUGACCGCCGCAACCCCCAUGAAGUGCAGCCUUCUUAUGCCACCAGAUAUGCUCUAACUGUCUGGUAUUUCGAUGCCAAAGAGAGAGCCGCAGCCAAGCAGAGGUUCCAAAGAUUAAGUGAGUCUAGGCAAGAGCCUACCUCGGACAACUGAUGAGCCCCUCAGGGAAAGCUGAUUUCCAUUAUUUUGAUUUGGGAAAAUAGGGAAGAAUUCGAGCAAUAACAAAUCAAUGCAAAAGGUUGAAACAAGGACCACAAAGAGUAUUCAAGUACAAAGACCACAAAGUUGACUUGUGGAUUAAAUAUUGAAGUCAUGUUUCUAACCUGCAUAAACAGAAGACAAAAAAAUGGAAAGGUCUUUGCCGGAACACCUGUCAGUAUCCCAGGACUGUCCAUGAGACAUUUGAUAUAAAAAGGGUGCAGGGAAAACUGUGAAGGGUAAUUCUCAGCAUCAGUGAUAAAGAGAAUCCUAGCGGUAUGCCAUCACUUUAUGAGAUGUGACUACACCAUUAAGUACCUUAUUUCACUUGUUUCACCUCCAUACCAGUUUGAACGCUGGUUUGAUGUUUCAUUAAUUUUUUGGUACAGAAUAUUUAAAUACUCAAAGUCUAAGAGAUCAUAUAACUUUUGCGAAUACACUGUAAAAAAAAAAUCACAGUGGAAAUGAUGCAGAAAAACUGUAGUGACUGGUACGGUCAUUGACCAAAAGACAUGUCUGCAGGCCAGAGCAUGUUGCUUUUGUUGUGCAAAUCUAGUAAUCCUGACCUAUUUUGUUGAUCACUCUGUCUAUUUAUAUCUGACAGUGUUGUCUAAGAAAUUGUGAUAGUUAAAGUGGUUUCCCGAGUCUUUACUACUGAUGACUUAUCCUGUGGAUAGGUCAUCAGUAACAAUAAUAAUACAAUUUGUAAAGCGCUUUUCUCCCAUAGGACUCAAAGCGCAUAGAUAUGUCUCAGAUCAAUACAGGGUUGCAGGCUGGACUGUGUUACAGAAGACAUAGUCAGGUGUUCACAAAUGCCAGACUAAACCAGGUGGCUUUUCAGUUUGGACUUAAAUGCUUCCAGGGAUGGGGAUGUCCUAAUUGGGUGUGGCAUGGAGUUCCAAAGUGUAGGGGCGGCAUGACAGAAGGCUCUGUCUCCAAAGGUUUUGAGGUGGACUCUGGGGGUGAACAAGUUAUUAGAUCUUUUUGAUCUGUGAUUGUCGGGGGUGUGAUGCAGUUGCAAUAAGUCCUUCAGGUAUCCAGGGCCUUGAUUGUGCAAGGCUUUGAAUGUCAAUAAGCCAAUCUAUCUGAUUAGUGAGGGUCUGACACCUAUGACCCCACAAUCAACUGUUCGAGAAGGCACUGGUGAU